GAUUUGUACCAUAAAAUCAAGAAAAAAUUAGGAAAAGAUCCUUUAAAAAAUGGCUUCCCUAAAAUCCAUUAUCACAUUUUCCUUAAUAAUGAUGAUGUUGGCAUGUGAUAAUGCUGGAGCUCGUCCUUCAACUUCAGUUGAGAGUAUGCUAACGGUAGAACAAGUAAAUUAUAACAAAAUGCCUACUAAUGAAGACGAGUGUGAAGAAACUCCUGCUCCUGAAGAGGAGUGUACCGAGGAAGUUAUUGAAGAGGAAUGUACUGAGGAAGUUACUGAGAAAGAAAUUGAGGAAUGUACUACAGAGAAGGAAGUUGAAGAAUGUAAACCUGAGGAGGAAGAUGAGGAAGAUGAAACUGAGGAGAAAGAUAAGGAAUGUAAACCCGAAGAAGAAACUGAGCCUUCUUGUGAAGAGGAAAAUAAGAAAGCGUUAGGAUAUACUAAUAAUUUCAUGCUUGAUAAACAUGGUAAAAAGCUUCCGAAAGAAUGCAAGGACGACGACGAAGGCGAUUCAGAAGGCGAAGAUGACGGAGAUGACGGAGACGAUGGAGGCAACGGAGGUAACGGAGGCAACGGAGGCAACGGAGGCAACGGAGGCAAUGGAGGCAACGGAGGCAACAAAGGCAACGGAGAUAACGGAGGCAACGAAGGCAAUGGAGGCAACGGAGGCAAUGAAGGCAACGGAGGCAACGGAGGCAACGGAGGUAACGAAGGCAACGGAGGCAACAAAGGCAACGAAGGCAACGGAGGCAACAAAGGCAACGGAGGCAACAAAGGCAACGGAGAUAACGGAGGCAACGAAGGUAACGGAGGCAACGGAGGCAACGGAGGUAACGAAGGUAACGGAGGCAACAAAGGCAACGAAGGCAACGAAGACAACGGAGGCAACAAAGGCAACGGAGGCAACGAAAGCAACGGAGAUAACGGAGGCAACGAAGGCAACGGAGGCAACGGAGGCAAAGAAAGCAACGGAGGCAACGGAGGAAACGGAGGCAACGGAGGCAACGGAGGCAACGGAGGCAACGGAGGCAACAAAGGCAACGGAGACGACGAAUCUACUACUCCUGGCAACGGGUCCAUUAAACAAACUCUUCAAACUUUACCACCUUUAGGAGUCACUACUCCCGAGACCGGGUCCACUCCUUCCGGCAAUGGAAACGAUGGAGACGACGGAGGCAAUGGAGGCGUCAACUCUACUCCCGGUAACGAGUCCACCAAACAAACUCUACCACCCUUACCACCCAUACCACCCUCAGCACAAGCUGCCUUCAAGCCCGAGCGUAAAUAA